AUGGAUAGUAGUCGAAGACCUCCAGCUAAUGUGGCUUCUAAAGUAAUCAUUGAUGAUUCUGAUUUAAACUAUGGCGGCAAGUAUUUCAAUAUUGAAGAUCGCGGGACAUGUACCAAUGUUAGAAGAGUUACCAUUUGGUACUAUAUAUGUCCCGAAACAAAUUAUGGCGAAGCAUCAUUUCCACGUGUUAUAGCACCAGCUAGUAAAUCAAUAAUUGUACAGGGUCGAUGUAGCGGUACCUCAGCUUCAUCGGCAGAUGGGAUAAAACCCACAGCAGAAUGUACCGCAAAUGGUGAAUAUAUCAAUUAUGUCAAUAACUGUCCUUGUGCUGCUGGUAAAGACAGGCGAUCCAUUCAAGAGGGGCUUCCGCCUGUUUGCUAUGAUUGUCCUGUUAACUACUUUAAGCCGGAUAUCUCCUCCAAUCCAUGUAAAAAAUGUCCACUAGGGACCGUUGCGAUCGUAACUGGAUCAAAAAAAUGUCUGUGCACACGAGAUAAAGUGAUGCAUAUCUCCAAUUUAUGUAUUAAUAUUCCAACUUGCCCUUUAACCUAUCUUCGAAAGCAUAAUCAGAGCGUAGACUUGAGGAUCGGUUACAUCGCUGAAGAACUAAAGGAUAAACUCAUAUUCGACUUGGAAUGCUUUAAUUGCUCCGGGAUAUCGACAAAUGAUUUUGCAAGGAGAUUUCGACCAAUAAUUAAAAAUAUGACAAUUGCUAAAAUUUAUAAGAUUAGUAAUUUAAAACCUUUUACUACCUACUGGAUGAGAGUAACUCCAAUAGCCUAUUUAAGAAAUAUUGAGCAAAGAAAACUACCUUGUCAAACAAUUCUAGUUACUACGAAUGAUGGAGUACCUGGGCCGCCAAAAAAUGUUAAAGCACUCAGUAGAGUCGAUGUAAAGAUGGUUAGUAUUCGUUGGAAACCACCUGUAGAGCCAAAUGGGCUUAUAAAAAAUUAUCUUAUUAAAUUUACCCUGAUAUCUACAAGCAAAGCCAAUGUAACCAACAAGUUGAUCGAAAUUUAUGAGGAAAUAGUUUCCGGCAAUAUUCUUAUGCUCAAUACUAGUAAACUGGAAGAUCAAACCACCUACAGAGUUACUGUUAAAGCUUCCACUCGUGCUGCGAUUUAUGGUGCUGAGAGCUUACCAGUUAACGUGACAGUUUAUGCUCAAGGUAUUUCAGCUGCACAACAAAUAGCCGGAGGUGUUGCAGGAGGUGUUGCUGCUACAGCAGUUGGAUUAGCCUUGGUAAAAUUAAUAACUGAUCCUGCUAAAGUUAUCGAACUAUGCGGAAUAAGUGCGAAAAUAAGAAACUAUUACAAUGAAAGUCCCCUAUGCCAAAAUAUUGGUCAUUGCUGUGACAUUAUAUGUCCUAGAUGUUGUAAGAAAAGAAAAUUUUGUUCAGCUGAAGACAAUGCAGGCAACGGCUGUUGCUGCUGUAGCUGCUGCGGCUGCGGUCUAGAAGAUAGUGAUAAAGAUGAAUUGGAAGAAGUUGAAAUGGUUGAUGUUCGUCAAUUAAGUGAUGAUCCGGAUAAAGAUACGCUAUCAAGCACUAGCAGUUCCUCAGCAAAAAAGUAUAAAUCAAAGUAUAAAAAAGUAAAAAUUCAAGCAUCAACUGACGACGAAAAUAUUGACAAAAAAGUAAAAAGGAAAAAGAAAAAAAAGAAGAAAUCACUCAGCAAAAGUAGAAAGAGAAGGUUUAGCUUAUUUAAGAAGAAACAAGAGGACACCCCUAAAGCUUCUGAUGACGAUUCGGCAUUUUUAACAGCUUCUGAGUACGAAAACAAUGCCUCUGCUGCAACAUCCAGUAAUAUAAAUAAAGAAGCCAAAGCAACUACGUCAAAUAAAGAUAUGAAAAAGCCAAAAGUUCGCAUCUUUAGAGAGACUGGAACUGUUUUGGAUCCCUCUCUACUAAAACCUUCUAUCAAACCUACUUCUCCUGUAGUUAAAGAAACAUUAUCCACCAAUGCAACAUCAACGGCUAUUGUAAAAUCUCAAAAUCCUAUCGAGAGAGAGAAAGCGAAGCAAUCCAUAAUACAGCAAAGUAACAGAAAUUUGCCACCCAUAACUAAAAUUAAAGUUGAUCAGAGCUCUAUUGCUGGCCACGGGCAACCUAGUAAAAAAUCGAUAGCUGCUCAUUCUUCCCAAUCGCUGGUGAAAACACAAAAACAGAAGGAAGAAGCUAGAAAUCGUUCCAAUUCUACAUCAUUUAUCAAGUUAGAUGAUACCAAUAAUCAAAAAAUUAUUAAGAAAGCUCCAGCUACCCCAAUAUUAUCAAAAUCAAACCAAAAGCAAAUGGCAUCCAAAACAAUUUUGAAGAACCGAUCGGCAGAGAAUUUAACAAAAUUGAAACAGAUGUCAGAUUAUGAUACCUCGAUCCAAGCAAAUCCUGAGUAUCAACGCGAUAAUGCUAACCAAGAGAAGCUUCCUAAUCAAUCUUUGACCGGCUCAGCAAGUCUUCUGCCUGAAGGAAAAUCGAAAUCUUUGACCAUUAAUAGAAAUAUACAAUCCCAAAGUUUCUCUAAGGAUCGCGCUAAGCGAACUGUAAGCUUUGAGGAUGAAUAUAAACAAGCAUCGGAAGACUCUUCACUAAUAAAUUUAUCGUAUCAUGAUAAUCCUACCAAUAGUAAAGCUGAAAAGAAGUCUAAAUCUCUUAAGAAACAUAAUACAAGUGGUAGCAAAAUCACAGAUGAAGGUUUAUUUAUCCAUCUUACAAGCAGUGAGACUCAACAAUUGCUUGAUAUGUGCAAUCAUUCUGUUAUUAAUCAAGCCAAAGUGGGAACAGACGAAGAAUAUUUUUCUUGCCCAAAAGAUCAUAAUAGAUUAGCAUCAAGAACAGGCGAUCAUCGAUUAGAAAGACAUAAAAGUGCUCACGAUAGUCCAAUUUACCAAGUACAUGCAAAUAAACUUCCUGAUGAGAAUAAGUCUGUUAGUAUUGAUCUUACCUCAGUACCUGUUGAAAGCACGGUGAUCGAAGCGGAUGAAAAUCAAGCUAAAAGUUCAGAUGCUGUGGUAAGAUCGGAUGAGCAAAAUAGUGAUGAUGACAAUAAAGUCAUUCAUGAUAGAAUUAAACAGUUAAUUACAUACGACCGUGGUAAAAGGAAAUAUCAACAAACUAGACGAAUUCAUCGUUUAGAAUCUGUUGAAGUUCAUACCACACCCAAGACUCCAUCAGCUAAUGCAAAUCCUCAUCGUCGCUAUCGUACUCCAAGACGACGGAAACAUCAGCCAUUAAACUAA